AACUGUGUGUGUGUGUGUGUGUGUGUGUGUGUGUGUGUGUGUGUGUGUGUGUGUGUGUGUGUGUGUGUGUGUGUGUGUAUGUGUGUGUGUGUGUGUGUGUGUGUGUGUGUGUGUGUGUGUGUGUGUGUGUGUGUGUGUGUGUGUGUGCGUGCGUGCGUGCGUGUGUGCGUGUGUGUGUCAAGAUAUUGACACAGCGGGAGGGAUCUCUUCCCCGCUUCUCAUUCCGCCCACAGCGGCCACUUGUUGCCGAAGCUCCGGGAGCGAGACCCACGAAGUAACUCCGGGAGACCCACGAAGUAACUCCGGGAGACCCACGAAGUAACUCCGGGACAGAGACCUACGAAGUGACUCGGAGAGCGAGACCCACGAAGUGACUCCGGGAGACCCACGAAGUGACUCCGGGACCGAGACCUGCGAAGCGACUCCGGGACCGAGACCCACGAAGUGACUCCGGGACCGAGACCAACGAAUCCCGCGGACCGGGUGAUCCCGCGGACCGGGUCUGGUGCGGGACCGGGUCUUCUGGACAGAUGAAGCAUGGUCGAGGACUCAAAGAUCAGUAAAUCCUCAAGGGCAGCUUCGUUCUCCUCCAACAACCUUCACCUCCGGUCUCCCGCCGCCGCGACCCCUCAGUCCUCCCAGACCUCCACGUCCUCCCGGUCCGUCCAGUCCUCCCAGUCUCAGUCCUCCCAGUCCAGCGGGGGCAUGAAGCUGGAGGCGGUGAUGGAGAACCUCCAGCGGCAGCAGGCGGCUCGUCUGGCCCUGGAGGAGAAGGUCCGUCUGGCGGAGAAGGAGAAGAGUCUCCGGUCCCUGGUUGAGUCCCAGAUCCACCAGCAGGCCCUGGUUGAGUCCCAGAUCCACCAGCAGGCCCUGGCCUUCCGCCACUACCAGGCCGCGGUGCGGGGCGCCCUCGCCGCGGGAGGAGGGGACGGUUCUCCGGCCGGGCUGAGCCCCUCCGAACGGCAGCUGGCUCGCAUGGGGGUCCGGGACCCGGACCGGGCAGAGGACUCGGACUUUGACGAUGGCGAAGAGGAGGAGGAGGAGGAGGUGGAGCUGGGACAUCACCACCUCUCCGGGCCCGGCCUGGACGGCCAGCCGCGGGUCGGAAAGAGAGACCCGAGCGAGGAAGACACGGGCGUCGCGGAGGACGAAGGGGAAGACGGAGAACCGGAGGCCGGGUCCGGCCGAUUCCCGGCCCGCCACGGGGGGCUCCAUGCGGCGUCCCGGUCGCCGCUGAUCCGCAACCCUCCGUCCUCCCCCGGAGCGCCGCUCUCCCAGAACCACGAGUGGACGUACGAGGAGCAGUUCAAACAGGUAAGACCUCACCUGGACUCCUCUAACCGCUCCUCUUAUUGUAUUCACACCUGCAAGCUCCGCGCAAUUUACUGCGUUUUGAUUUCAACCAACAACCCGGUCUUGGUGGUUCUGUCACUAGAAACAUGCAUUUUCUGUAACCGGUUCUAUACGCUCUUUCCUAUAGCCUGUGUUUAUGUUUCUAUAACCUGUUUCUAUAACCUGCGGAUCUAUAACCAUGUGGUUCUACAUGCUUUGGUUCCAUAACCUGUGAUUCUAUAUACGCUUUGUUUCUAUAACCUGUGGCUAUAUACGCUUUAUACGCUGUGUUUCUAUAACUUGUGGUUCUACACGCUCUUUUUCUAUAA